UCGUCUUGUCCUAAAUUUAUACCAAUAUCCUCUAGCUGUUUGAAUUCCAGGAUUCAACUGAAAGCAUUACAUAAGCAAAGCUAGAGUUUAUUUAUAUUAGUUCUAGGCUUCUAUCACUGUUUAAAAAAGGUGAGAUAUGCCGAACGAUCAGGAUCAGAGGACUCAACAGAAUGAACCCGUUGGCUCAAGGUAUGAAGCAAAUACAACUCAGCAAGUAGGGAAGCCAUGGAGUACUGGACUAUUUGACUGCCAUGAGAAUCAGACAAAUGCUGUUAUGACAUCAUUUUUACCUUGUGUACAAUUUGGGCAGAUAGCAGAAGUAUUGGAUGGUGGAGAACUGAGUUGUCCUUUGGGAAGCUUCAUUUACCUACUAAUGAUGCCUGCUUUGUGCACUCAAUGGAUCAUGGGGUCAAAGUACAGAACAAAGUUGAGGAAGAAGUAUGAUUUGGUGGAAGCUCCAUAUUCAGAUGUGAUCUCUCAUGUCUUUUGUCCAUGUUGUUCUCUCUGUCAGGAGUUCAGAGAGCUUAAGAUUAGAGGACUUGACCCUGCUCUUGGAUGGAAUGGAAUUCUUGCUGAACAACAGCGUGAAAGACAGCAAAAUGGUCAAACAUUGAAUGAUCCUCCUUCAAACCAAGCCAUGUCCCACUAAACACAGUUCUUGUGUUUCUUUUGGUGUUCUUCGUUGUUGUUGGUCCAUUGGUGCAAGUUCUCCUGUUUUAGGUUCUCGUCUGUCAGUUGACCUCUAUUGGUGGAGGUUCUCCGGCUUUAGGUCCCCUCUUCCGCAAAAAAAUGUAUUUCUUUUGAUUGGUUUUGUUUGAAUGUUUGAUGCUUAUAAUUGAAUUGUAAGAAAACAAAUAAAGCUCUGCUCGAUUGAAGUUUGGUAAAAUUAAGUUUGAAAGAAUGAAUGUAUUUGGAAAUAAUGUGUAAAAAUGAGUUUAAAAAUAAUGAAUGAUUUUGCACUUUUUUUUUA